CGAUCUUAUCUUUUUAGCGGACACGGCCAGACUGCUUGUUUCUGCUUUCUGUCAAACUUCCGCAUGUUAAUUUUUUUCUCUCUAACUCGCAACAGCAGAGUUUGAUAGACCAGACGAGGAAACUCUCCCCACAGAGAUGGAUGAUGGGCUCCUAAACAUGCUCCACUUCUUUAUGUGCUGUGCUCUUCUGCUGGUUGGCGUCUCUAUCCAGGAUGUGGAGGCUUCCAGUUGUCAACAUGUCAUCAUCCAUAAAAAAGUUGGUGACACUGUGGAGUUUUCAACGUGUUUACCAGCUGAAGGGGUCGCCACGGCAAGAUGGAGAUAUAAAGGGUCACAAAUUGCAGACAGAGAUGGGGUUUUGUCUGGAGAUCAGUUUCAGGGCAGAUUAGACCUGAACUCUACAAACUUAAGUUUAACAGUGAGACGACUGACUCUCCAAGAUUCUGGUGAUUUCACUUUUUCUUCAGCGGAUGUGAAUGACAAACAGAGAGCCACAGUCACCAUCACUCUGCAUGUUCAUGAGCCCAUCACUAAAGAGCCUUCCAUCAACUUCACUUCCACCUGGAGCCCUUUGAAUGAAUCCUGUACUGUUUUGCUGGACUGCAGCACGACUUCUGACAACAUUGUCACCUACGACUGGACCGUGAAGAACCAGAAAAUAAGUGGCUCCAGGCUGCAGUACACCAUUAACCCUGAGGACAUCGAAUUCACCUGCACUGUUUCCAAUGUUGUCAGUAAGACGUCGGCAUCUGUCACAGUGAAAUGCAGCAACGUUACAUCUGAUACAGAAAACAAAGAACGUGCCACUUGCUGUUUGACCUUUUUUAGUAAAGCCCUUCAUACCUUCUCUGUAAGAAAAUAUAUUAUAGUUCUAUUGAUAUACUUUUUGUUUAUUAUUUCAGCGCCCAGCUCCUCACAUCUUGUGCUGUUAAUUAUCAGGCCGGUUAUUGUAAUUAUACUGACUACUGUAGUGCUGCUCUUGCUGCUUUUCUACAUAAAGUCAAAGGGUCCAUGUUUUAACAGGGCCAUCCAGUCUGAAACAGUCCACCAAGGUGAAACUCAACAGCAGGUGUACUCCACUCUCCUCUAUGUUCAUGGAAGUGACUAUGAAACAAUAGGAGGCUCGGAGGUUGUUGGAACAGAGAUGAAGUGA